AAAAUUAAUAAUUUCAAAAAUGAAAAUGCUAUUGUUUUAAUUUUAAUUAUAGUAACUUGCAUCAUUUUAAUAUUAUCAUCUCUACCAUCUUGUUAUCAUUAACACGCGUAUAUCGAAUUAAUUUCUAACCUUAAAUUGUUAACUCAAAAAUUUGUGUAAAAGACAAGACAUAAAAAAAUGUUUUGGAAAUGUUAAAAAUAGAAACAAUCAGUACAAUUUUUUUACAAAUUAAAUACUGUCAUCAAAUUUAUUUAUAUAAAAUUUAUAACCAAUAUUUACAAAAAACAUAUAGUGUUAGUGGAAACAAUAUUUGUGAUAUAAAUUUUUAAUAUGUAUAAUUUAUAUUAUUAUAUAGUAAUGACUUCAUAUAUAAUGAAGCAAUAUUGUCAUUUAUUUAAAAAGUCAUUUAUUGUCAUAUACUGAAUAAAAAAAAUGGAUGAUUCAAUAAAAUUAAUUAUACAUAAAGGCAGCACAAUUUUCGAUAGCAUUAUUAUUACAUAUUAUUCUGUGAUUAAAUACGAACAAAAAGCAAGAGAAACUAAAAAUAUAUAUCAAACAAAUAUUAAUAUGAACAAUGUCAAUGAAAGUAAUGUAGUACAAGUAAAUAGAAAUUCCUUAAACAGAAAAGGAUUUAAUGCCUACAUUAUAUCAGCAUAUAUUACAACGUUAAUAAAUUCACAAACAUAUCGAAAGGCUGCAUUUAAAAAAUUAUUACAAUACUUAACAUACAAACUGUUAAAUAAAGUAGAUUCAAAAAUGAUUCUAAUAAAAUUGCGAAUGCCAAGAAAACAAUUUUUAGAUUACAAAUGGAAUCAAAGAAUAACACAAAUAGCAAUGGAAAGAAGAGAAGUUGAUCAUGCUAUGUCUUGGUUAUCUACUUUAGGUGGAGCAUUUUCUGCUUUAGGAGAAGAAUUUCAAUAUUGCGCUGAAAUAGCAGGAAAAAUUUCCAUAAAACAAUUUGAACUGGCGCUUCGUCUUAGAGAUCCUUUUCUAGUUGCUCGUUGUAAAUUAUAUAUUGCUUUAAGUUUGAUUCAACAAGGUCAGUUAAAAACCCCAAAACAGAUCGUAAAGCAUAUUUAUAAGUUUUCUAUAAAUCAGAAUGAUAUUCGUUUACAAAAUAUGUGUCAAGGUAUAUGGGCAAAACUUAAAUAUUGUUAUAAAAUACAAAAAGAACGGCAUAAAACUUAGUAAUCAAUAUUAAUUUCAUAAAAUUUUUAAAAAUAGUUUAAAAUUAGGCUAAUUAAAUUUGAUAUUUAUGUUUAAAAAUAAAUAAUAUGAAAAUAUUGUUUUCAAAAAUGUAUUUUUUGUAAUUAUUAAAUAAAUGUUAAUAAAAAAUAUUAUAUUCU